GUGAGUCCCCAUUUUCCACAAUGGGGUUCAUUUAUAGGCUAAUAGCUCUCACCCUUUUGUUCGGAGUAUCCAAUAAAGCUAUAUACUCACCCAAAAUCUCUCUUUUGUGACUAGUAACUCAACUCAACUCCAAUCCAAUCCAAUACAAUGUCCAUUUUCUGGAACUUACUCUUUUACUGCCUCCUCACCACAGUUUCCACGGGAAGAGAAUAUUCCGGCAAAGAGACACCGCAGCAGGAGGCUGAUAGAGUGAAGAACUUGCCCGGACAACCACCUGUGAAAUUCAGACACUACGCUGGUUAUGUGAAGCUAAGACCGCAUGAAGAGAAGGCACUGUUCUACUGGUUCUUUGAAGCUCAAGAAGCACCCUCUCAAAAGCCUCUUUUGCUUUGGCUUAACGGAGGACCUGGUUGCUCCUCCAUUGGCUAUGGAGCUGCACGAGAGCUGGGUCCAUUUCUUGUUAAAGACAAAGAACGCCUCAAACUUAACAAAUUCUCUUGGAACAGAGCUGCAAAUAUCAUAUUCUUGGAGUCCCCAGUUGGUGUGGGAUUUUCUUACACUAACAACUCCAAAGAUUUACAAGAGCUCGGGGAUCGAGUGACUGCAAUUGAUAACUAUGCCUUCUUGAUUGGUUGGUUCAAAAGGUUCCCAAGCUUCAGAUCCCAUGACUUUUAUAUUGCAGGAGAGAGCUAUGCAGGUCAUUAUGUUCCACAGCUUGCUGAGGUCAUCUAUGAAGGAAACAAAGAUACCAAAAAGGGUUCUUACAUAAAUCUCAAGGGAUUCAUGGUGGGAAAUGCUGUAAUGAAUGAUGUUACAGAUGUAAAAGGAAUAAUUGAUUAUGCUUGGAGCCAUGCCAUCAUAUCAGACCAAGAAUACUAUGGGAUAGUAAAAGAUUGUGACUUCAGCAAAGAAAACAAAUCAAAGGCUUGCGAAAUGCGAGUAGGAGGGUUAUUAGAAGCUUACUCGGAGAUUGACAUAUAUAGCAUUUAUUCACCAAUUUGCAUCAGUGACUAUCAAAGAGCAGUUUCAGCCAAACUUCUUGUUGCUCCUCACCUUCUCACAUCACAUGACCUAUGGCAUACGCUACCGGCAGGAUACGAUCCUUGUACAGAGGAUUAUAUAGACAAAUAUUUCAAUAAUGAGGAUGUUCAGAAGGCUCUACAUGCCAAUAUCACCAACUUGUCAUAUCCCUAUACCCUUUGCAGCGCUGUAAUUAGGAAAUGGAAUGAUUCACCAAACACAGUUCUGCCAGUUAUUAAGAAGCUCUUACAUGCCGGUUUACGCAUUUGGAUCUAUAGUGGGGACACGGAUGGUAGAGUUCCAGUGACAUCAACAAGAUACAGCAUAAACAAGAUGGAUUUGAAAAUAAGGAAAGAAUGGAGAGCUUGGUUUCACAAGAAACAAGUGGCAGGGUGGAUGGAAGUGUAUGAGGGUGGCCUCACAUUUGCCACCAUUAGAGGUGCUGGCCACCAAGUUCCUGUCCUUGCACCAGAACAAUCCCUUUCUCUGUUCACCCAUUUUCUCUCUUCUCACACUCUGCCAUCUUCUCGCUUCUAACUAUGUUAUAUCAUCAUUAUGCUCUUUUGGCACGUGACCAAAUUAUUUUCCUUCAAAUAAAAAGAACAGAUGAAUGCAUUAAUUAUAUUUAGUUUGUCAAAUUUGAACUCUUUACACUUAUUUUGUAAUUACCAUCGUCCCUUAUAUUACCAAUAAAUAGUGAAUCCAUUUCUUCAC